GCCACGUGGGUGGAGCUGGAGCGCAGCUCGCAUGGGGGAGUCUAUCCCGCUGGCAGCCCCGGUCCCGGUGGAACAGGCGGUGCUGGAGACGUUCUUCUCUCACCUGGGUAUCUUCUCUUACGACAAGGCCAAGGACAAUGUGGAGAAGGAACGAGAGGCCAACAAGAGCGCGGGGGGCAGCUGGCUGUCGCUGCUGGCGGCCUUGGCCCACCUGGCCGCGGCAGAGAAGGUCUAUCACAGCCUCACCUACCUGGGGCAGAAACUAGGGGGCCAGUCUUUCUUCAGCAGGAAGGACUCCAUCCGCACCAUCUAUACUUCCCUGCAUAAUGAGCUGAAGAAGGUGGUGACUGGCCGUGGUGCUCUUGGGGGGACCGCACCUCACGUGGAAGAGCUCCUUUCCCACCUGUCAGAGCAGCUCUGCUUCUUUGUUCAGGCUCGGAUGGAGAUCGCAGACUUCUAUGAGAAGAUGUACACCCUCAGCACACAGAAGUUCAUCAAUGCCGAAGAGCUCGUCGGCCUUUUAGACACCAUCCUCAAGAAAUACAGCUCCAGAUUUCACCACCCCAUCCUCAGUCCUCUGGAAAGCAGUUUCCAGCUGGAGGUCGACGUACUGAGUCAUCUCCUGAAGGCCCAGGCUCAGGUCUCCGAGUGGAAGUUCCUCCCGUCUCUGGUUAACUUACACAGCGCUCACACCAAGCUGCAGACUUGGGGCCAGAUCUUUGAAAAGCAACGGGAGACCAAGAAACAUCUGUUUGGAGGGCAGUCCCAGAAGGCCAUUCAGCCCCCACACCUUUUCCUUUGGCUGCUGAAACUCAAAAACAUGCUUCUUGCCAAAUUUAGCUUCUACUUUCACGAGGCACUGAGCCGACAAACGACUGCUUCAGAAAUGAAAACGCUGACUGCAAAAGCCAACCCAGACCUCUUUGGAAAGAUUUCCAGCUUCAUCAGGAAAUACGACGCUGCCAACGUGUCCUUAAUCUUUGACAACCAGGGUUCCGAGAGCUUUCAGGGUCAUGGCUACCACCACCCCCAUUCCUACAGAGAGGCCCCAAAGGGCGUGGAUCAGUAUCCAGCCGUGGUAUCUCUGCCCAGCGACAGGCCUGUCCUGCACUGGCCCAAUGUCAUCAUGAUCAUGACAGACCGCACGUCCGACCUGAACAGCUUGGAGAAAGUGGUCCACUUCUAUGAUGACAAAGUUCAGAGCACCUACUUCCUUACCCGCCCAGAACCCCACUUUACCAUUGUUGUCAUUUUCGAGUCAAAGAAAUCUGAAAGAGACUCCCACUUUAUUUCCUUCCUUAGUGAGAUCUCACUUGCCCUUAAGAACCCCAAGGUUUUUGCAAGUCUGAAACCUGGAUCCAAAGGUUAGAAGGGGAUUUGUGUGAAAGGUUUUCAAGACUGGAAAUUGUGUUCUUAAUUGCUCUAACGAUCUACAGUGGUCUGUGAUUAGAGUUUCCAUCCACCUGUGCUGCUUUCAGAUCUAAAUUAAAGACACAUCCUCCCUAAUUGUGUUGCACCCUUUAUAAGCAAUUAAGGCCAGCUGAAUUACAUAGCCAAAGAGUAAGCUAGGUGAUCAUGGCUGCCGGUCUCCGUGGUACAGCAAGGUACUUUCGGCAUUUUCUCCUUUUUUCCUGUAUUUCAUGUAGAUUAAUAUUUAUUGGCCUUUGAUUUUUCUUUCCAGAUGUUUUAUAUUAUUCUAAACGUUGUGUUCCAGUACAAUUUCAAACGCCCUCUCCUUUCCCCCUCU